AUGUCUUCCCCUGGAGACUGCAGAGAUGAGUGUUCAACAGACGAGGAUGUGCAGGGUCCGCGGCUGAAGAGGCGCACGGCUCAGGUGUCCUGCCUGCCCUUUAGUGUAGAGGCGCUCAUGUCGGACACGAGGCCGCUGGCUGCGACAGACAGACCAAACGGAAAUAACUCUUUAAACAAUGAUCAGGCGCAGAGGCUGGAUGAGAUAUCCCAACAAUUAGUAUCGAUCAAGUCAGAGCCAUCGGAACAAGGAGACUGUUCUUCAUGGAUAUCCGGCCCUAUUAAGCUCUCCACACCACCCAGGCAGCUCAGUCCAGCAGUGUGCUCCUUGAGGAAGCACAAAACCAACCGCAAGCCCCGCACCCCGUUCACCACCACGCAGCUCCUGGCCCUGGAGAGAAAGUUUCGGCAGAAGCAGUAUCUGUCCAUUGCGGAACGGGCUGAGUUCUCCUCCUCCUUAUCACUGUCAGAGACCCAGGUCAAGAUCUGGUUCCAAAACCGACGAGCUAAAGCGAAGAGGCUUCAGGAGGCUGAGGUGGAAAAACUUAAAAUAGCAGCUGGCGUGGGGCCCAAAGCUCUAUUUCACCCUGGCUUCUCAUCCUUAGGUUUCCCCUUCGGUGUUAACAUGCAGGCUGGAUCAGCAUCGCUCUAUGGACUGGGCUCAUACAGUCGCAGCCCCAUACUCCGUGCUGCACAUCUGGCCAUGUACACCACUCCGGUCGGCUACAGCGUGUUCCACCUCUCCUGA